CCCACUCCUCCUUCCAUUCUGGUUAGGGCCAGUUUGCGCUGUUCUGUGAAGGGCUCACAGUGAUUUUCCUAUUUUCUAUUCAUAAUACAUAACAGUGAUACAAUUUAAAUUCAUUGUGUUUAAUGCAGGCCUGAAUCACUUCUCUGGGCGGCAGAUAGGUGGCAGUAUAGCGCAGCUGGCUGAACAGAAAGGCCAAAAUAGAACAUUUGCCGAAAUAGAACGCAACUGCACAGCAACAACAACCGACACAACAGUUUGCUUCUACAAUUUUGCAGCCUGGUCGACAUGGAUCGAUUCAUUGAAAAAAAAAAAAAAAAAAAAAAAAAAAAAGAGAAACGUUAAUCUAUUGACAAUGAAAAUGUGGGGGAAGAGCUGGAGAACAACGUGACAGCUAUGAACGAACAAACACCGGACAACCAGGAAAAUACAGCUAUGAACGAACAAACACCGGAGAACCAGGAAAAGCAGGAAUAUGGCAGCGGGGAACUGUAGCUAGCUAACAUAGCUGAUGUGGCUCCGGUGGCUAAGAGAAGGAUACGGUCGAUUCAAGAAGAACACGAAGUUCCAAAAUAAAAAUUCCCAAAAAAAUUGAACUGCAUAAAUGGGACUAGCUCACUUUGUUUAUUUGCCUGAAGGCAGUCAAACGAGCAAAUUUAGAGCGACAUUUCCAUGCCCACUUUGGCAAAACAUAUCCGCCACAAAGCAACCUCAGAAACGACAAAAUAGCGCAACUCAAAGGACAACAACAAAAAUGGACAGAUCUAGCACGGUUGCAGAGAAAACAACAGUGGCAACAUGAGAUUGCUUGGAUACUUGCGAGAAACAAGGCCUACACAGACGCAGAUAUUGUCAAUUAAUGUUUUUUUGGCCUCAGCCGAAAUAUUGUAUGAGGUUUUCACAAACAAGGAAGCUAUUUUAAAACAAAUUACGGGACUGCAACUCUCAGACUUGACCAUAACAAGACAUCGGCGAGGACAUCGCUCCCCAUCUCCCACUAUCCUCCCUGCGUCUCCUGGUGCCACCACUACGUCUGAUGUCUGCAUCCAUGUGGCAAGUGGCUCAGUAGCGUAACGUGAUGCAGUAUGGGAAGCUGGAGGAGUUUGUGACUCUGGUGACAGAGAUGGUUCCGGAGCUCCUGACGCUCAAGCAGAGGGUCCAACUCAUCCAGGGACUGAGAGCGAGGGAGGUGUUCCCUGUACAGUACAGCACUAGGUAUGACACAGCGCUGCAGAUACUGGUGUGGCAGUUCUUUGACAGACUGGAGGCGAUGAUGCCAGUGCCCAGCUUUACACAGACAGCAUCCAUUCUCAACCUGACCCCUACAGAUCUGGAAGAGUGUCAGCAGUCUUUCUCUGAUCCUGAGCAUCUGAAGACACUGCUGCAGCAUCAUAGAAAUCUGGGGCACCUAAAAAAAGAUCUUUUAUUCUAUGACUCUGAUACCAUCCUGUCCACGUUGUCCUGCCUCGCUCCCUCACUGAAGUCUAAACAGACCAAAAGAGGCAGAGAAAAAGGCACGGUGAAGAACGAGAGUGAUGUGAGGAGAAAGGGAGAGAAUGACAAUGCUCAAGGACCGAAAGAACAGGAGAGUGGCGAGGAGGGACAGCAAGAAGUCAGUGGGGAGGACGAAGACGCCAAUGAGGGAAGUGAUGGGGGCGCUGAAAGACUGGAAGAGGCUGGGGAAUCCUCUGGGAACUCUGGGCAGCAGAAACAGCCAUCAUUAGUGGCCAUCAAUGGACAAGCUAAAGCCAAGCCCCCCCAGUCCCAGGGCUUUUCCUGCUCACAGUGCCAGUUCUCCAACAGGAGAUGGCUCACCCUUCAGGAGCACAUCAAGAAGAACCAUCCAAAGGAGCACAGUGGGAUCCUGGGCUCUGGAGAAGCUGGAGCUGAGAACAACGUCAUGCCUGUCAGUGAGACGGAAAGCUCCUCAGCCAAGAAGACCAGGAAGAACAGGUACAUCUGCUCCCAGUGUGGGAAGGGUCACAAAUGUUCAUAUGAGCUGAGACGACACGAAACCGUUCACUCUGAGGUGAAGCCCUUCCAUUGUGACCAGUGUGAGAAGAGAUACAAAACAAAGGUGGCUCUAAAACAGCACCAUCGAGUUCACACUGGUGAAGGGUAG